GCCCCACAGCUCCCUUCCUCUUCAUCAUCACUCUCACUCCAAUCGCCUCUCUGUCGAAUAUUCCACAUGCUUUCUCUCUCUACAACCAAACCUCCAAACUCAGCCUCUCCCGUCGUCAUACGCACAUACAUAGAUAGAUAGAUAGAUUUCCCUCCCCCAAAAAAACCUCUCACGAACCCACGAUUCUCAGAAUCUCUCUCUUACUCCCCUCCAUUUCUCUCCAUUUGGAUCUAAGAUCGUGUUCCAGCUCGCCUUCAACCAGAGUGCCACAUGUCCAAGGAAACCAUUGGUCAGCUUGUUCUGUCAGAUGAUUUAUUGUAGACAUUACACUCUUGACCAGAGCCACCAUGGGCAUCUGUCUGGUCAAAUGUUCUGGCUUGUUGAUUCUUCAUGUUCUACUUCUUUGUAUGGCAAUGAAUAAAAGCACUGGCCUCACACCUGAUGGUGCGGCACUUCUAAGCUUUAGGAUGGCAGUUGCCAGUUCUGAUGGAGUCAUCUUUCAGUGGAGACCAGAGGAUCCAAACCCUUGUAACUGGACAGGAGUGGUCUGCGAUCCAAAAACGAAGAGAGUAAUCUCAUUGAAACUUGCGAGUCACAAACUGAGUGGGUUCAUUGCUCCUGAACUUGGGAAGCUAGACCAAUUGAAGACCCUGAUUCUUUCAGACAACAAUUUAUAUGGAACAAUACCAUCAGAACUGGGAAAUUGCUCGCAGUUGCAGGGAAUGUUCUUGCAAAGAAACUACCUAAGCGGAGUCAUUCCCUAUGAGCUGGGAAACCUUUUAGAGUUGGAAAUGUUAGACGUUUCUAGCAACUCACUUAGUGGAAAUAUCCCAACGUCCCUUGGGAAUUUGGAUAAGCUGGCUAUUCUCAAUGUGUCUUCAAAUUUUUUAAUUGGACCAGUACCUUCUGAUGGUGUUCUUUCCAAGUUUUCAGAGACUUCCUUUGUCGGAAAUCGUGGUUUGUGUGGGAAACAAGUUAAUGUCAUUUGCAAAGACGAUAAUGCUGAACCUGGAACAAAUUCCGAGUCCACAAGCUCAGGGCAAAAUCAAAUGAGGAGGAAGUAUUCUGGCCGGCUGCUCAUAAGUGCAUCAGCUACAGUGGGGGCACUACUACUUGUUGCUCUUAUGUGUUUCUGGGGUUGCUUUCUUUACAAAAGAUUUGGCAAAAAUGACAAGAAAGGUCUUGCGAAGGAUGUUGGUCGAGGUGCAUCCGUUGUGAUGUUUCAUGGAGACUUGCCAUACUCUUCAAAAGACAUCAUGAAGAAGUUGGAAACCUUGAAUGAGGAACACAUAAUCGGUUCUGGGGGUUUUGGAACAGUUUACAGGCUUGCAAUGGAUGAUGGCAAUGUAUUUGCUUUGAAAAAUAUUGUAAAGAUAAAUGAGGGGUUUGAUCACUUUUUUGAGAGGGAACUUGAAAUUCUUGGAAGUUUGAAGCAUCGGUACCUUGUUAAUUUGAGAGGAUAUUGCAACUCUCCCACAUCAAAACUAUUGAUUUAUGAUUAUCUAUCUGGGGGAAGCCUUGAUGAGGCCCUUCAUGAAAGAUCUGAGCAAUUAGAUUGGGACACACGCUUGAAUAUUAUAUUGGGAGCAGCAAAAGGGCUUGCCUAUCUGCACCACGAUUGUUCACCCAGAAUCAUACAUCGGGAUAUCAAGUCAAGCAACAUUUUACUUGAUGGUAAUCUGGACGCUCGAGUUUCUGACUUUGGACUUGCCAAGCUUCUGGAUGAUGAUAAAUCUCAUAUUACAACCAUUGUUGCCGGAACAUUUGGUUAUUUGGCCCCUGAAUAUAUGCAAAGUGGUAGGGCAACGGAAAAGACUGAUGUAUAUAGUUUUGGAGUUCUGGUACUUGAAGUUCUGAGUGGAAAACGACCUACGGAUGCAUCAUUUAUUGAGAAAGGCCUGAACAUUGUUGGCUGGCUAAACUUUCUUGUCACGGAGAAUAGGCAACGAGAAAUAGUUGAUCCACAAUGUGAAGGAGUACAAUCGGAAACACUUGACUCAUUGCUAAGGCUUGCUAUUCAGUGUGUUUCUUCAAGUCCAGAUGAUCGACCAACCAUGCACCGAGUAGUCCAGUUCUUUGAAUCCGAGGUUAUGACGCCAUGCCCAAGUGACUUCGAUGAUUCCAAUUCCGAUUAACAGUAUAGGAAGAAGCAUAAAGCAUGAUGGAGUCUGAUGUCAGGCGUGGAGAAUCGUCUCUUAAUUUUACGCAUUUUCUGCCUGCAAUUCAUUAAAAAUUUGGAAGCUGCCGUCUAUCAUUGCGAUCCAUUUGUUCUUCUCUUAUGAGUAGUUAUCUCCAAGGUUCCUUUUACUAUUUAAUGAUAUGCUUUUAUUGUGCAUGAUUCUUACUUAAGAGAAAGUUCCACUUGUAAUUUCCACUUUUGCCUCAAUUGUAAUUUCUUUCCUCUUUUUUUUUUUUUCCUUUUUCUUUUUCUUUUGGGUAUUGGUUGAACAUGAGCAACUGUACAAAUCAAAUUGCUCCUUAAGUUAUUGGUUACUUUCCUUUUAUUUUUAUUGUUAUUGUUUUCUUUUUGUAAAGUGUGAUUUUUGUUUAAUGAUUCAGCACAUUGAAUAUAUUUC